AUGUCUGUGUACGAAGAACCGCUUUCUAGUCCAAACAUGGCAAGCUCUAUUGUUUAUAUGAGUAAAAAUUUGCAGUAUCAUUCAAGAUGAUGAAUUCUUAAAUAACUUUAAGAUGAAACAAUCUUAAUUCACAAUGUUGGAUAAAAUAAAGCUAUCCCGAGAAGUUAGUGAGUAGAGUAUUUUGUCUUAAGAUUCUGAUGAUUUUGAAACCAAAUAAGGUUUUAAAAAUAAGGUAUGGAAGGAUAGAGCUCUGAACAUUAUAGUUCUCGUUGCUCGAUUUGUUACUUAUUUAUUGACUAAUUCAGAUAAAUUUAAAUUGCGAUAUUUAGAUCACAGACAAUUCAAAGUUAUUGGAGAUAAAGCAUCUGAUUUUAACUUUUAUUUAACACAUAAAUUAAUUAGAGGCAAGUCUAAAAAGGGAUCAAUAGUAAUUUAUAUCGUUAUCUUAAGGAAUUAAUGUAGACAAAAAUUAAGCAGUACCUUAGUUUUUUACAAGUUUUUUCCUCUAUUAUUAAACCAAUAAGACCUGAUAAUUCACUUAAACUUUAUUGGGAUGUUUUGGUAUUUUUAAUACUUUUAAUAAAUAUACUUUAUAUUCCUCUUAAGAUCUCAUUUCAAAUAAGUGUUGUUGAUGGUGCAGAUUUUUUUUUAGACACUCUACCAUAAUAUGUUUUUGUUUUUGAAAUAUUGCUUAAUUUUAAUGUUGCUUACUAUUCAAGAGGAGUGUUAGUAUUGAACAGAGCUUAAAUUUUCAAGCAUUAUUUGAAAGGCAAAUUUGCUCUUGAUUUUAUUGUUCUUAUACCAUUUAUGAUAGGGAGAUCUAAUGUUCCAUAUAUUGAAUUCGUAUUGCUAUUUAGAGUGUCCAGAGUAUUUAGAUUUUAAUAUCUUAUAAGGUUAUGUAUAUUUUCGAAAAUAUCGUUGAAACUAUGAAUCUAAGAGUAAAUUUUGCAUCAGUUGUUGACAUAAUUUCUUUAAUGUCAACCUUCUUGUUUGCAUCACACAUUAUAGCUUGUUUUUGGCAUUUUAUAGCAAUUUAAGAAUCCUCUUUUGAAGAAAACACAUGGAUUCAAAGAGCUAAUUUAGUAGAAGAUAAUUGGUAGGCUAGAUAUAUUACUAGUUUUUAUUGGGCUUGUAUAACUACAUUGACUAUUGGUUAUGGUGACAUUAUACCAGUAAAUAUAAUCAAAAUUAUUGAAUAGGUCACUCAAUAUGAGAAAAUAUUUGUAAUUUUUGUAACACUUUUAAGUUCAAUUAUAUUUGGUUAUACAAUAUCAAGUAUUGGUUCUAUUUUUGCAUAGAUGAGUGAGAAUAAAAAUUAUUUAAGAGAUAGAAUGACAUUAAUUGAUUCAUUUCUUAAAAAAAGAGGUUUGAAUAAGGAUUUAUAAGUAAAAGUUAAAAAAUUCUUUGAGUAUUUUUUAAAAUAAGAAAGAGAUUAAGAAUCUGAAUGUGAAAAAUUAAUGUAUCAUUUAUCUGGUAGUUUAAACAAAGAAGUAAAAAUUGAUUUUUACAAAAAUAUGUUAUGUGCUUCUAAAUUAAUUAGACAGAACUUUUCUGCUCAAUUUAUAGAAAAAUUAUGUAUUCUAGUUAAAGAAUAAUCAUUUGUACCAGAAGAAAUUAUUUCUGUUGAAGGGUAAUUAAAUAUUUAUAUUUAGAUAAAAAGUAGAUAAAAUUUAUUUCAUACUCAAAGGAGAAGUUGAAGCAUAUAUAAGUAACAAUAAAACAAUUAAAAUUUAUUAAAGAAAUUAGGCUAUAGAUGAAAAGUCAUUCAUUUCUCAACAUCCUGCUUUAUUUUCAACAAGAGCAAUAAAAUUUUCAAAGUUAGCAUACAUUACAUAUGAUGAUUUAUUAGAAUUACUAAAAUAUAAUUAAGAAGAUAGAGAACAUUUUUAUUAAGUUAAGCAUCAAAUAGAGUUUGGUGGAAGAGUCAAAAUGGGUGGAUGUGAAUUGUGUCAUCAGAAUCACGAUUUUAUAAAAUGUCCUUUUGUGUUUUAUACUCCAAAUAGUUUAAGAUUAUUUAAAAAAAAUGAUCAUGAUGAAAAGUAAUAUAGAAUGUAUAAAAUACGAUCUAAAAUAGAAGAGAGACUUCAUAAUGUAAUGUAAAUUAAUAACUAUUAAAUAGAACUCAUUAGGAUAAUUAAGAAAUUUAUAAUCGACCGUAUUUAAUUAUUGUUCAUAUUAAGGAUUAUUAAAUGAAAUUGGACCUAAUUCAGAGUUUAUUUUAUCGAAUAAAUUUAAUUUCUAAUAGGAUUCAGCUUACGAAGAUAUAGAACCUAGUUUGACUAAUUCUGAUAAUGAAUCGGAAUUUAAACCAAAUAAAUCUUAACAUUUAUUACAAAUUAGACGAGAUUCUAAAAGAAAAGUCUCUGAUAAUAAAGAUACUUAAUCAAUGAAAUCAAAAAGAAAAUAAACUAGGAUUUCUAUUUAAAAAGUAUCUUAAUAAAAUAAGAAUUCUGGAUAAGUUGAGAGAGAAUAGGGAGAUAGAAAAUAUAAAUCUAAUGCUAAAAGAGCUACUUUAAUCUUAAAUUAAAUGAAACUUGAAUAGAGUGAAAGAUUGGAUGAUGAUCCUUUAUAAACCUAAUUUUAAUAAACAAUAGCUCUAACUUUAUAGACUUAAUAAUAAGGAUUCUCAUAAUAAGCAUCACCUUAAGCAUAAUAACAUUCAACAUAAAUAUUAAAAAUGUUUGAUGUGGAUCAGGUUCAAUUUAUUGAAAUGGAUAUUGCUAAAAUUAUGGCUAAAAAAGAAUGUGAUAUUGAUUCACAAAAAGAAAUGGAAUUUUAUGAUACUGGAUUUAACUUGGAAACUGUAGUUGCAAAAUUGAAAAAAGCAAAUAAAAAGUUACCAUUAAAAUUAAAAAGAAAGAGAUUGAGAAAAUCAUUUGCAAGAUCCUAAUCAAUACGGCAUAUUAGUUAAACCAAAUCUUGA